AUGCAUGAUGCACGACCGUUUCGCAACUCUCGGCUGCCGUCUACAGCCUGGUUGUAUUGUGCACGUAGUGUACAACCUUCAGCUGCUAGCGCCAGCACUAUACUACACGUGGAAGAAGAACAAAAAGCCUACCCAGGCACCGCCCCUCCACAUCUUGCACCAAAAAAAAACCUCAGUGACCAAAACCACCUCACACGCGACGAUCUAAGACUCCUUGGUCUUGCUAACGGAAGCCAUCCGGGACUUUCGCUCCAGCAGGGCGCGCUUCGACGCCUCGUGAACGCCAAACCAGACGGCGGUAAAUGGGAUCAACCAUGCGGUCCUAGCCAGCGAGCCCUUGAACAAACCUCCCAGGCCCUCGGUCCUUCCGACCUGCGUGAGCACAUCCACGACGCCCUUGUACUGCCUCGCGCCGCUGGCGGCAGACUGGGUCAUGAGCCUCGUCUUGGCCAGAUCCAAGGGGGUAGUGAGAAAGCCGGUGAAGCCGCCCGCAAUGCCGCCCAUGAAAAUCUCCUCCCGCGGCGAGAGCUUGUCCUUGCGCACGAGGGCGCGCAUUGCGCGUUUGAAUUGGCCGUACAAGCCGAACUCGAGCAUAGUGUACGGGAUAUCCCUGAACAAGGUGGCCGAAUAGCCGGUAUAAAACGCGGCGGGGCCCUCCGUGCGGGCGAUAGUGGUGACGGCGGAGCGCAAGCCCGGGUACAUAUUAGCCUGCAAGCGCUGCUUGAGCAGCUCGCCGGGGACCAUGACGACGGAGCAGCACACGAAUGCCAUGGCGGCGCACGCGAACUCGACGGCGGGCGUACCGGCGCGGUCCGGGAAGAGGUUGGUGGCGAGCUGGGUGAGGGUCUCGAAGGCGGCGAAUUUGAUGGCGCCGGCCGGGAUCUGGGCCGACAGGCUGAUGGGAAGGCCCUUGUACAGCGCGGGCAGGCCGCCCGCAGACAGCACGGAGGCGAAGGCGGCGAAGGUCGAGCGGCGCUGCGACCCCGCCGCUUGCACGACGGUCUUCACCGUGUCCAGCGGGUGCAUCGAGGCCACCGCCGAUUUAAGAUUUCCAUAUAG